GUAUCACUUUCCAAGAGCCCUAUUCUAUAUUGUAGGUCGGUGAAUCCGAGAUUAUAAAGCCAUGACAAUCUUUUAUAAUAGCAGCCUCCAAAAAGCCACUUUCUUCCUGACGGGCUUCCCAGGUCUAGAAGAUCUCCAUGGCUGGAUCUCUAUUCCCUUCUGUUCCAUCUAUUUGACAGUUAUUGUAGGAAACCUUACCAUCCUCCAUGUGAUUCGUACUGAUGCCACCCUCCAUGAACCCAUGUACUAUUUCUUGGCUAUGCUGGCCCUCACAGACUUGGGCCUUUGCCUUUCUACACUGCCCACUGUACUAGGCAUCUUCUGGUUUGAUGCCAGAGAGAUUGGUAUUCCUGCCUGCUUCACUCAGCUCUUCUUCAUCCAUACCUUGUCUCUUGUGGAGUCUUCAGUUCUAUUGUCCAUGUCCGUUGACCGUUAUGUGGCCAUCUGCAACCCGUUGCAUUACUCCACAAUCUUGACACCUGCACGUGUUGUCAAGAUGGGGCUGAUCUCAGUGCUUAGAAGUGCCCUGUUCAUCCUCCCCCUGCCAUUCCUCCUGAAGCGCUUUCAGUACUGCCGCUCUCAUGUGCUGGCCCAUGCCUAUUGUCUGCACCUAGAGAUCAUGAAGCUGGCUUGCUCUAGCAUCAUCGUCAAUCAUGUCUAUGGGCUCUUUGUUGUGGCCUGCACGGUGGGUGCAGACUCGCUGAUUAUCUUCCUCUCCUAUGCCCUCAUCCUCCGCACUGUACUAAGCAUUGCUUCCCAUCAGGAGCGACUUCGAGCCCUCAACACCUGCGUCUCCCAUAUGUGUGCAGUGCUACUCUUCUACAUCCCCAUGAUUGGCUUGUCUCUUGUGCACCGCUUUGGUGAACAUCUGCCCCACAUGGUUCACCUCCUCAUGUCUUAUGUGUAUCUGUUGGUACCACCUCUCAUGAACCCCAUUGUCUACAGCAUCAAGACCAAGCAAAUCCGCCAACGUAUCACUAAGAAGUUUGAGUUUGUAAAAUCACUUAGAUGUUUUUGGCAGGGUUAGGUUAGGGUGAAGGAAGGCAGUUUGGGGCACAAAGCUCAUAGGUGUUUUUGUUUUCAGCUAUGCUG